UACAAUUUGUAAAAUUUAAUUAUAAAUAAAAGAGAACAUAACCACAAAGUGGGAUCAAAGGUCGCCAUAUCUAACCUAAGAAGAAUGAAGUGAUAAUUUUUUCUGUGAUUAAAAUAACUUUUACCCAAAAUAAUUUAGCAAAAUGCCGCUCUCACAACGUGAUAUUAUAAGAGUUUGUGAAAUUUUAGCCGAACAAGAACAAUUGGAGUGUACUGUGAGACAUUCGCUUGUUGGGGCUUGUUACGCAUUUGGAGGGGCUCUUCUGGGAGGAAUAUUAGGGGGCCCUGUAGGUCUAGGAGUUGGUAGUGCUGCAGGUGGAGCGUUAGCUGCUUACAAAGGUCAUGGGAAAUUUAAGUCAGCAGUCUAUGUAAUUAUGUACGAAAUGACCGAAAGAGAUAGACAAAGACUUGCUGAUGCUAUGGGUGAAGUAAUUAGAAAUAUUGAUGCCUCAGAUGUUAUUACUGUGAUUACAUUGCUCAAUACUAACGCAGUUCUUAGAAAUAGUGCUAUUGAAGUUUUAAAAAGAUUUUUAACCAAUGAUGUGGGUGUUAAAUUUGUCCAGUAAAAGAAGUCGGUCAUAUCGUUAUUUAUUUUGUGUCAAUUAUUUGCAAUCUUAAAUAUAUUUUUACUAAUUUUGUG